AUGUCUCGUACGCCAGACCAACCGACUCUAUCGCCACGCUUUUGCUUCAACCAGACCCAACUGCGAGGUGAGACUGCAUCAUACCCUAUGUCUCCUUAAUCUCAGCUCACGCUCAUACCGAGAUCGCUUCUGAACCAGACUUUCUCCGCAUUUCACGAUCCGCAGUAGACGAUACCAUUUCACAAAACCUGAACGCCCUUGUCACGCCUGGCGCAAAGCCCUUCGAUCCGUCCUCAACAGCAGAACGACAGCCUCGACCGAUCGGGAGAAGACCAAUCGAUCCCACAGCUUGCGAUGAGUUUAAGGAGAAAGUUCUCUUUCCGAGUUGGCAGAGUCGGAGUGACGUUCUGAAUUACUGCGCGGGGGUCGCUACGAGUCCAGACCCCGAAGAUCCUGACCAUGUUCUUAGAGAGAACGAGGAUGCUAGAUCAAGAGAGCGGAUAGUCGACGAACGAUUGGAUCCCUACAGUUCGAGAUAUCUCCCGCGAGAAGCACGAACAGAGGUGCUAGCGUCAUUGAUUCGGAACGAAAGAAUGGUAGAGAACAUUAUACGAGUACGAACUUGGAGCCUGAUCGGAGAGCGCUGUGAGAACGACACAAGCGAUGCUGACAAGGCACUCGAUGCGUGGCGAAAAGGAAGGGUGGAGGAGCAGACAUCGACCACAUCACAACUUUGA